CCGUAGCAUUUGCAGUGAAGACCAACGUGAGCUACUGUGGUGCUCUAGAUGCUGACUGUCCUGUCCAAGGUGCUGCUAUCAACUUUGAAACCAAAGAUUUUCUACACAUAAAAGAGAAAUACAGCAAUGACUGGUGGAUUGGUCGGCUGGUGAAGGAAGGGGCAGACAUAACUUUCAUCCCCAGCCCGGUGAAACUGGAGGCCAUGCGGAUCAAACAGGAACAGAAACAGGCCCAGAGGAAAGCGGCGAACUCAUCGUCGGGUUGGAGAUCCACACCACCUAGUGCAGCCAAACAGAAGCAGAAGCAGACAGAGCAUCUCCCACCCUAUGAUGUUGUUCCUUCCAUGAGGCCGGUGGUGUUGGUGGGGCCGUCACUGAAAGGCUAUGAGGUAACAGACAUGAUGCAGAAGGCCCUGUUUGACUUCCUGAAACACAGGUUUGAUGGAAGAAUCUCUAUCACGCGGGUGACUGCUGAUCUGUCAUUGGCCAAAAGGUCUGUAUUGAACAAGAAGGCUAUCAUGGAGAGGUCCAACACACGCUCCAGUCUUGCUGAGGUCCAGAGUGAGAUUGAGAGGAUUUUUGAGCUGGCUAAGACUCUACAGCUCGUAGUUCUGGACGCAGACACUAUCAACCACCCAGCACAGCUCCUCAAAACAUCCCUGGCUCCUAUCAUCAUUUACGUUAAGGUGUCCUCUCCAAAGGUUCUUCAGAGGCUCAUUAAAUCUCGGGGGAAAUCUCAAAGUAAACACCUCAAUGUACAGAUGAUGGCAGGGGACAAACUAGCACAGUGUCCACCCGAGAUGUUUGAUGUGAUCCUGGAUGAGAACCAGCUGGAAGAUGCAUGUGAACACCUAGCAGAAUACCUGGACAUCUACUGGCGCGCCACUCACCUGCCCUGCUCCGCCCCCCUCAACCCCCUAUUGGACCAGAGCGAGGUCACCCCGCCCUCCGCUAACUCCAGCCAACAGUUCUCCGAGACUCAAGAGUUAAUAGAAUGAUCACUCCUUAGCUACCACAGGUCUGGGUGAGUAGGACCCCCUCACUAUCCCUCCCUAACCCUUUUCUCUGUUCUCUGUUCUAUUCUAUUCUACUCUAUUUGAUUCUAAAAGGAACAGCCACUGCUGUGGGUCAGAUGUAAGGGGUCAGAAUUUAGAGGUCACCGGGGGUCACAGGGGGAGCAGGGGUUGGCAAGGAAUUCCUGUCUGGAUAGGCACCAUCUCCACAGGCCCGCCCCUCUCUAUUCUGGAGAGAGGGAAGGAGGGCAACAGGGGGGCAGGGCAGCUUGUAUCUGAGAGAGAGAGAGAGAGAGAGAGAGAGAGAGAGAGAGAGAGAGAGAGACCCUAACGAAGACGGACCCCCACGCUGCCCCCUGCUGGAGAGUCCUCCCAGAGUGCCUUGACUACUCCCAGCGUGGCGUGAUGCGUCUCGUCACUGCAACCGGACCGUCAUCUUGUCCUGGACAAAACACUACCCUUACACCCCCACCCGAACCCUCCCUAGCAGCACUCAAAACCACUUAGCGGUACCACCUAAACAGUUACACUACUGUUCAAA